AUGGGCGGCCGGAUCUCGCGCGAGCAGAUGAACGACUACCGUGAGGUGGUGAAAGAUCGCCUCUCCGAGGAGGCUAUCGGCUUCCUGCACACCCGCUUCAUGAAGGCCGCUCCGUCUGGCGUCAUGACGCCGCUCCUCUUCAAGCACUACAUCGAGAGCGUGGGGGUAUUCAAGAGUCGUAAAAUCCGCGAAGAACAGUGCCGGCGCCAGCAGGGCAGCAUCUUCGAUAAGUUAGGGUCCGGGCGCUACACGCAUAAAGGAGAGAAGCUGGGGGCUGCUGCUGGAGGCAGCCAAGGCGGCGGCAAAGACGCAGCACAGGAGGAUGGCAUUGACUAUUACCAACACCUCUUUCGCGGCUACGACCUCAACAACGAAGGGGUCAUCACAUUCAAGAAGUUUCUCAUCUACCAUGUGGCAAUCGUGUACAGCACCGAAGACCUCUUUCACGUAGUUUUCAACACCUACGACGAAGACGGCGACGGCUUCCUGUCGCUGAAGGACAUCAAGGCGGUCAUCACGGCAGCGACGCGCUACGUAGGCGACUACGACGUGAACGACCGUGAGGUAUGCCGCGUAAUUGAUGAGGAGUCACGCCGACUCAUGGGCUUUCUGGACAUCCGCAAGCAGGGAUACAUACAGAUGGAGGACAUGCGACUCAUUACGCAAAAGUACCCACAUGUGCUGGAGAAGAUGAAAUGUUUGAUGUGA